AUGUUGACGUUCGUCGGGAAGUGGAAGAAGGUCGACGUGGAAGUGACGCUUUCCCGCGAUGCGACUGUCCUGGAGCUCAAGAAGGAGAUCCAUGCACGUACACGCGUGUUGCCCCAUCGACAAAAGCUAGUUGGCAUCAACCACAAAGGCAAACCAGCGGAAGAUCACGUUCCGUUGCGCGAGUUGGUGCUCAAGACUCCCGUUCACAAGUUUAUGUUGAUUGGGACGGUCGAAGAUGACAUCUUUGUCGACCCGUCCAGUGUGCCGAAGGAAACCCUGCCGUCAGUAUUUGCCGACUUUGGAUGUGCGUUCUCACCAGGGUCAGCAGAAUGGUACAAGGCAAAAGCUAUCAACGAUCUCGUGGACCAGUUCGCCGCACAGAUUGAAUUGAUCCAUCCGUUUCGUCCUGGAAAGAAGCUGUUGGUGCUCGAUCUGGACCACACCCUCAUGGAUAUAAGCGCAACAAAGACAACAAACGGCAUCCCCAUGACUCGAUUUCGACGCCCGUACCUCCACGAGUUCCUCACGUUGGUCUAUCAGCACUACGACAUCGGGAUCUGGUCGCAAACAUCAUGGACAUGGAUCGAGAUCAAGCUGACAGAGCUUGGCAUGCUCACGUCGCCAGACUACUGCAUCAACUUUAUCUUGGACAAAACCCGCAUGUUCGCCAUGCCGACGUCCGACCGGUUCAAGACAAAGCCGACCAAAGUCAAGGCGCUGCCGAUCAUCUGGCGGGCAUUUCCCAACCUCUGGCACGCCAAGAACACGCUCCACAUCGACGACUUGGUCCAUAAUUUUGCCCUCAAUCCCCGCAACGGGAUCGUCAUUUCACCGUACGACUGCAUGCAGGCGCACGCCGCCGACGACCAAGAGCUCGCGUACCUCGCUCGCUACCUCAUCCAAGUGUGCGCCGGUCUCGAUGACGUCUCACUCGUUUCCCACGACAACUGGGCCAGUCACCGCGCCACGUAACAUCUCUUGAUUGUAACCUGCACGCAUCCAUUCACGGAAACGAUGAAUCGACACCACCACCUUGUGGCUU